UGCCUUUCACCUUCUGCCAUGAUUGCAAGGCUUCCCCAGGCCUGUGGAACUAGGAGGAGCCGGAAGAGAGCAGUGCUUCACAAUAAAAGGAAGAAUUGCUUGAACGGAGGCGUUUCAGGCAUGAGUCAGAGGCCGGGUGUGGAAGAGGAAAGUGUGAAGCAAGGGACAGGUACCAGCUGCGAUGUUGGCAGCAGCCUCUCCCCUGCAAGGAGCACCUCCCACUUCCUGUCCCGCACACCUGCCUCAUUGGAAAGUGACACACCCACUGUUUGGCCUCAGCAGCCUGAUGUUUCUCAUCACACAGGAAGAUGGUCAUGCUACAGGAAGACCUCGGACUUUGCAUCCAGCAGAUGGUUGUUCUAGGGAUUGCCAGACCGGGAACACGCCACACACCCAGAAGGCACCCAAGUCACAGAGCCUGAUGUUGUUCCCGGAGCGCCAUUGCAUCACCUUUGACCACAAGACCUGCGUCAUUGGAUUUGUCUCAAAAACUUGGGACUCUGGAGAUAAAACCUCAUUGCAAGGCUACCUUUGCCACUGCAUCUUAGCAGCUUUUGAAGCAAAGCAUUUCAAUAUUUAGACACUGUGUGUUUCUAAUGGGUACUGGGACCAAAAUAAUAAAAACUCAGUCUGCAAAGGGAGAA